AUGGCCGAGUUUAUUAAGGAUCUGUGGGAGUCCAUCUUCACACCAGGGCCGACGCCCUCCCUCCUGAUCGCGACCAACGUCUCCUUCGCCGCCCUGCAGGUCGUGCUCUUUGCGCUCCUGCUCGCGACUUAUAGCGUUCACUUUGUCGUCUUGUCGGGUCUAUGCGGCGGGCUGUGGUGGGCCAUCAACUGGUUUGCGCGCGAGGUCAAGGAGGCGCAACGACUCGAGCAGCUCGAGAAGGAGAAGCAACGCCAAGCUCCGUCCGCCCUCAGCUCCUCGGAUGACGAGACCGAGGUAGAGACGACGGCACCAGCACCCAGGCCGAGAAAGACGCCGACGGCGGCGGCGGCGGCGGCAACGACGACCCAGGCAAAUCCCGAGGAGACAAAGGGAGAACUGAAGCACCGGGCGGCGUCGACUCCAGUAACCGGCCCUUCGGCCUCGGCGGCGUCUACCAAGUCUGGCAUGAGCACGGAGGAUGAGUGGGAAAAGGUAUCAGAGUCCGAGGAAAAGGAACAGUAA